GCACCUCCAUCCCUGAGACAUGUCCUGCUGUGACCAAUGCGUGCCAUGCCAGCCCUGUGGCCCAACUCCUCUGGCCAGCAGCUGCAAUGAGCCCUGUGUCAGGCAGUGCCAGAACUCCACCAUUGUCAUCCAGCCCUCUCCCGUGGUGGUGACCCUGCCCGGACCCAUCCUCAGCUCCUUCCCACAGAACACCGCCGUCGGAUCCUCCACCUCCGCUGCUGUUGGCAGCAUCCUCAGCUCUGAGGGUGUGCCCAUCACCUCGGGGGGCUUUGACCUCUCCUGCAUUUCCAACCGCUACUGUGGCAGAAGGUGCAACCCCUGCUGAAUGUGCUGGACGCUGACCCAGACAAGGACCCCCAGGAAUUCUAAGCAUGGACCGAAGAAUAAAUGUUGUGA